CAGAGGUGAGUUUUGCUUCGUCAGCUGUAAUCAAAUGGUGACAUUGUGAAAUCCUCAUGUAUGCUGUGUCUUUUCUAAUUGUACAUCUAGGGGAACAGAUACUCAUAAUGGGUCCAGAAGAAAAAUCUGCAAUCAUUCUUAACGCCACUUUUGUUCGCCCUGCAAAGUUUUACAUCAGUGGCUUCACCAACAUGCCUCAUAUAAAGUAUUACUAUGUGUUCUUAUGUUUUGUCUACAUUAUGACCGUUGUGGGGAACAGCCUCCUCCUCAUAGUCAUCUACCUGGUGGAGGCCCUGCAUACUCCUAAAUACAUGAUUGUGUUUAACCUGGCAUUCACAGAUUUGUGUGGCAGCACUGCUCUCAUCCCAAAACUCUUAGACACAUUUUUGUUUGACAGACGGUACAUCAUCUAUGAGGCGUGUUUGAGCUACAUGUUCUUUGUUUUAUUCUUUGCUAGCAUGCAGUCAUGGACCCUUGCCACAAUGGCAUAUGACAGACUCGUUGCAAUCUGCUGUCCUUUAAGGUAUCAUAAUAUCGUGACUAAACAAAGUACUGGAUUGCUGCUUCUGUUUUUAUGGGUUGUUGCAUCAAGCAUCGUAGCAUUUACUGUGAAGCUUAUUGAUCGCCUCUCAUUCUGCAGAUCUUUGGUGGUGAAGACCUUUUUCUGUGAUCACUCCCCUGUUUAUCGCCUGGCUUGUAAUGACACCUCUUUAAAUAACAUAAUGGCAUAUGUUGCUUUCCUCCUAUUCAUCUGUUUUCCAUUGAUCUUGAUAGCAGUGACGUAUGUUUGUAUUUCGGUAGCACUGAGCAGGAUAGCAUCAGGAGAGGAACGACUAAAAGCAUUCAAAACUUGUACCUCUCAUCUGAUCCUCGUGGCUAUUUUCUUCCUGCCAAUUCUUGGCUCCAACAUUGCAACAGUGACCUCCAACAUUGACCCUAAUGCCAGAAUGAUUAACUCGUCUCUGACACACACUAUACCCGCUCUGCUCAAUCCCAUUAUAUAUUCUUUAAAGACAGAAGAAGUGCUGAACUCUUUCAAGAAGCUUUUUAAUAGAAAUAGGAUAGGUAACACCACUAAAAAGUGCGUCAGAUGGAACAGUCAAAGGUUUGUUUCCCGGCAGCUUGAAUCUGUGAUCAGUAGCAGUGGCAUUGAUGUGGAUCCAGAACCAGCACUUUACUGCAAACUGGUUCAAGAGCCCAGUGAUGACAUCACGGUCCUGAACAAAGAGCCAGCUGUGACAUCACACCCAUCACCAUCAGCUCUUCUCCCAGCGAGCACUCCCAGCGAUGAUGCUCGUCCCAGGCAUCUCUCUGACAGGAUGUGGAGCAGUAACGACUGUAGCUGCACCCCUCGCACGGCACAGGACACAAAGUCUCUGCCAAACACCUGUGACAGCGUCUGUGCUCUGUUCCAAACAACACUCCCCUCUGUGUGUUCCUCCCUGUCACUUCCUCCAUCCCUGGGAUAAGGACACAGCAGUAUGGCCUGUCAUGUAGGAAAACCUCCCCAGCUGCUAUGCUCUCAACAGCCACCAGGUGUCGGCCUUUCUCUGAGCUGAAGCUAACAGCAGCACAAGGGCUGAUUCCAGAUAUCAGGGGUCCAGCAGUGGCCUUCAUU